UGUUAAUUGGAGUAAGUAUCAUCAUCAACCUCAUGUCCACCGCACAGUCUACACCUACAUCCCCAACGGCCCAACGUGUGAAGUCAGCUCCUAGAGUGGUCUCGUCUCCGCUGCGACCAACGUCUCCUCAAAGCUCUUCAACCCUAAUUCCGUCCAAUUCUCGUCGAUCCUCGCUUGGUGUUGGACAAACGCCUCGGACAAAAACCCCUCCAGGGCCUCUUGCAAAGUCUCGUGCUAGAGAUCUCUUGAGGAGGCACUAUGGCCUCGGAGUAGGUCCACCACCACCUAUACCUGGGAAAUCAGAUGACCCCAUGGAUCUAGAUUCAGCAGCCUUUGACGCAAAAUCGUACUACGAACAACUCAUAACCGCAUCAUCUCUGUCGGCUCUGCUGAAGCGAGAGAAUGACCUACUGACAGGUUCUGAUACGAUAGCUGCGAUGAAGACACGGGCGGAGGGCUUGGACGCAGACCUUGACCUACUUAAAGCAGCGUUCUCAGAAAUAUCUCGCUUGGGUGCUAAAGUUUCCAUCGAGGAACAGCCUCAGCAUGCAGAUGGGAACUCCGAUUCAUGAGUGCCUCCGCGGUCAUCGCUGAGCGCUGAGGCCUGAGGAUACAGCCUCGGCCCCACAAAUAUACAUGACGUAACAGAGGAGUUUUAUUUAUUUAUACAGGAUACCCG